CCAGAUGACAAAUAUGGCCGCUGAAAUUAAACAGGUUGUGUGGUAAAAUUUUGCAAACCGAUCUAUUUCAUUUUCUCUGCAUAAUGGGUCGAAUGAGUAGAUAUAAGAAGAUAAAAUCGUGUGACCCAUUUUAUAAAGGACCGAAGAAGGAAAGCAAAGCAACCAGGUGAGCGAUCUCGAGGAGUGCGUGAUACAAAUGUGCUCAUGGCUCUAACGCACUUACACCAUAUUGAUAUAAUACUUAAAGUUACGUGUAAUAUUUAAAUCAUUUGGAACUCUUUGAAGAUCUAUGAAACUUAUUUUCUUAUGACUAUUCUUAUUACGUACAGGAUUGGUAAAUUAGUUCAGUAUAAGGAGUAUUUUAUUGUUAAUAAUCGCUUUGGCUGGGAUAUAAACAGAACUACACAAUUGAUUUCGAUUUGAAUGACACAUUAAUAUUUCCGUAGUGCUAAGUCGCUGGCAAAGAAAGAAAAACUUGGUGAACAAGGAAUGCCAAGAGCUGCAAAGGAUCUCAUGAAAAGACAGCUAGUAAUGAAGAAAACGGCUGUAAAGAAGAGAACUGUAAGAAAGCAAAAGAAAACAGGUAAAUGUGAGGUACAUACUGUCACUAUCUAGUACAGGUGGCAUUCAAGGAUCAGAUUAUAGUAGAAAGUAUCAUAUUUCAGGGCCUUAUUCAGGGAAGAUGAACAGAAAAGGGCAUAUACCUUAAAAGCCUGAAAAAUUAUUUCUUCCACAGUUUGCAAGCCUCCUAGAUAUUAGUUGGGCACUACUACAAAAUGAGCCAUUGAGCCAUAUGAUGGGAGCAAGGCAAAUUCAGGAAACUCUUUGUUAUCAUACCAUUGAAUGGUAUAAGACAAGUUUGCCUCAUAUCUAGCAUGUAGGGUAUGUAGCUUGAUUUUAGGUUUAGAAUUUUCUUUAAGUUUCCCACAAAUGUUGUGAAAACCAAGGGAUAUAAUAACUGUAUAGUUUCCAGUCCUGGCAUGUUAUUUGGCAAAUUACAUGGGGUCUAUAUUAAUCCAGCCAUGCACUUGUUAUUGUUUGCCUUCUUUCUACUUUCAAACUUAUCAACAGCCCUGGGAUAGAUCAAUGUUUACAAAUUUUUUAAUCUUAACCCUUUGCACCCUAACAUCAGUUUCCAUAUUCCCCUACUCUUCUCUAUACAUUUCCUUUGGUAUUGAAAAGGAGAAUUCAUGUAACGAUCAAAGCUUCUUCUCAUUGUGGGUCGGUGAUCAUUACCUUUCCUUUCAUGACCUUAUUUAAGGAAUGAUUCAGCAGUAUUACUGUAGGGAGAAAUAAGGUGCUGGUCACUUUGGGGGCCAGUUAUUUAGACAAAAUUUAGCUGUUGUUUAACAAAACAGCUUUCUAAACUUUCUUGAAUUUAGCUAAAUCUUUUAUCUUAACAUUCAUUUUUGCAAACAGAGUCAAGAGGGCUGAAAUCUAGCAGUACAAGGACAUUUACUUAAUGAAAACAACCUUGAUGUAGAGAAUACAUUAGGCCCACUACUUGGGUAAAAGUUUGGUUUGGGUUAGAUCUCAUGUGAAUAACUGGCCCUUAGGGUUUAAAGGGUUACUUGUAUUGUUUAAGUCACCAAUUAAUCUUUUUUCAGUUAUUGACUGAGCUCAAAAGUACAGUUUUCUUUACUACUUAACUUUACAUGUGUAUCGCCCUUAAUAUUUUUUAGCCCAAUCAGAAAUGAAAAAGUUUCAAAGAAUACCUGGAGAAAGCAAGAAAGAGUACUUUAAUAGGAUUGACCAAGAGGCCACUCAAGAGGUUGCAGAGGCUUUGAAAGCAUCAAGGAAGAUGAGAGAUGCAAGAAAAAAGUAGGUCAUUUUCCCUUUCUUAUGCAAGUGUUCAUUAUGUUUUACAAGGGUUUAAAUUUCAAAGGAUAGAAUUGUGACUGGUUAAAAAGAUGGGUGCACCAUGAUCAUGCUGCUUGCUGGUUUAUAAAUGAUGCUGGGCUCAAAUCAAAUUAUCUUGUUGUUAAAAGCCCCAAGCAAGUCAUAUUUCAAUUCAGUACCAAAUGACUUACAUGACUGUAUGACAUUUCCCAUAUUUUUCUUGUCUGUAAUAAUCUUGGUUUUCAGCAUGUAGUUACACUGUCUAAUAACUCUAUGAAGCUUUUUUCAAAUCGAGUUUUUGACUUCUUGAAUUUUAAAUAGUCCUAGGGGUAAACCUCAUUGCAUUAUCCCUCAGUCACCCUUAUGAUGAUUUCCACUUGAAUUUCUUACCUUAAAUUUUAACAGUAGUCAAAAGACUCAUUUAAACUUUUUUAGUUUCAAUCUAAAAAAUUUGGAACUCUUUUUUGGUUUGAUUCCUGUUUUCCUUUGGCAUUUUAGGCAUCUCAAAGACAGAAAGGAAAAGAUGAAAGAAAAGAAAAGGUUGUCACAGGAAAAUGCCAGCUUUGACCUAACGAAAGGUAUAUUUUACAUGCUGACAAACCCACAAGGACCUUUUUGCCCUGCUGUACUUAAAGGGGAAUACUCAGUUGUUAAAGAACAUAGAGAUUUAAAUGGGAAACCUUGUUAAAUCCAGUUGCAUUGAUUUUAAAUCAGACUUCAAAAAGAGUCUAACAGGACAGACUGACAACUUCUAAAAAAACCUUCACAGUUAUUCUCAUCAUGCCUAUGAAGCAUACAAAUGUUAGGUGUCAUUCAGAUGGUAAUAUUUCACCUCACCCAAAGGCUGCAGCCCCCUGACCUGUAUGCUUAUGCAACCAGUUUCAUCAAUCUUUCGAUUCUUCCUUUAAUUAAUAUCCAUACAUUAUCUGGCAAACAGGUGAUGACAAUAAUCAAACUUAUCAGGUAGAAGUUAUCAUCUUGAUCUAGCACCAAAUUCUCAUAACUAAUUUACAAGGAAGUGUGUAUCAGCUAGAGGGGAGAGUUAACAAUAAAAUAUUGGGAGUUAAGAUUACAUGAAGCUUUGUUUUGUAAAAGCUUGGCCUGAUAAACUGCCACUCUUUUGGAAGAGAGUCAGAGCCUGUAUUUCCCCAAGAGAAAUGAAGAAACAAAGAUUGGGUUUGAGAGACUGGUAACAAUCCAUACCAUGCAAUUAACACCUGUGCUGAGGACUCAGGGUAAUGCCUGCUUGUUUGAUUUAUCAUUGCUUUGUUUUCAGAUAAUGUACGGUUUGGAGAUGUUGUUAUGCAGCCUCCCUCCAUAACAGCAAAGCCAAGAAAAGCUGCAGAAGCAAACAAGGUGUGUAGGGGUACUAGUCCUGUCCAGUUUAGGCUUGAUUAUUCUAGUUUAGUCUAGGCUAGCCUAGUCUAGGGGACUCGUAGCUAGUGUAGUCUCAGCUAAUCUGGUCUAUUAUAGCCAUGUCAAAGCUCUUUUAGUCCUACACUGUUUGGUCUUCUCUGGCCUAGUGUACUCGUAUCUAAUCUGGACUCCUCUGGUUUGGUCUCAUUGAGUCAAGUCUAGAGCCUUCAUAGUUAUUCUCAUUGUUGUCCAGUUUUGUCUAAUUUCGCGUUGACAAGGGGUUAACUCACAAAUUACCAGCUUUUUGAUAUUUGCUAUAAUGAAACUUUACAUGAAGUUCACACUAGUAUGGACUAGUACAUAUCUUGCUCUCGCCAAGAGAGAAUGCUUACUUGGAACAUCAACUUUAGAAACUCUUUACUGGGGCCAAUUUACAAAACUCAGUUGACAAAACAGAAUUCUCAUGUAAUAUGGAAUUUAUUCCCUUUACAUUUAACGAUUACUUGCCAAAGGCAAAGUGAUUAUUGUUGGAUAAUCCUCUCAACAAUUUUCAACAAUAUUCACUUUGCAUUUGGCAAAUAAUUGUGCACUAUUCUGUUUUGCAGUUGAUUCUUUGUUGCAUGUCCUAAAAAAAAUUAUCGUGAACAUGGAGACCAUUGCAUUUUCUUCUAUCUUUGGUCAUCACUGAACUUUGCAUUUAUUUGAUUGUUUUCUGUCCUAGGGAUCAAAGGCGCUGUUGUUGCACUCACUAAUCCCACAGAAUACAAAAGACACAAAUGUGCAGAAUAGGACUCCAGAUAAUUCUGGGAUUCCCAAAACCAAAAAACGUAAGCACAUGUCAGCUCUUGAGCAAGAAAAAGCUGACAAGGAGAGAGAACAUGCCAUCAUGGCCUACAGGAUGAUACGGAAACAACGUCUUCAAGAAAAGGAAGAAAUCGUGUGAAACAUUAGAGAAGAGGUGCGGACACCUCAGGUACAUUACCCUGAAGCAGGAUGUCUUUUUUUUCGCAGACAAUUAUGGUCCGCACUGACCUUUUAAGAUGAUCAUACAAGAUGUAUUGGGAAAUAAGAAUAUGACAGAAAGAAUGGUUGUCUGUAACCAGAGAGAUGCACUUAUGGUUUAUUUGAGGCUGGUGUCACAAAGUUUACUUUCUCAAAUGUGAGGUCACAGAACAGAUGAUUAAUGGUGUUUAAGUCAGUGUGGUUGUUCACUGACAGUGGUGAAAAAAGAAAAAAGCGGAAAUUAAAAAUUCAGUCAUUUUGCCUUGAAUUGAAUCUUUCUUGGACAAUCUACAUGAAGCUGUGUAGAUUUGCCCAAAGUUAAUGUGUGCAGAGAUCAAGAUCAGUAAGGCAAGCAAAAACAUUGUAUCCAGACAUGACGAGAAAGAGUGCUGUCGAGCUACUUAAAUGAUAUGUAUAUCAACUACAUAAAAAACAAUUUACCUUCACAAAGAGUAUUAUAGAUGAAAGGAAAUAUUUUGAUCUCAUUGGUGUCUUUCUGUUAUAUGUUUGUUAGAGAUUAAAAAUUUUAAUGCUUGAUGACAAUGGCGAUUUGCUUGGGUAUAUAGAAAGCAUAUUGAGUGGUGAGCUGUACAGAAGGC